CAGGAAAUGCCCUCCAGCCCUUGCGGUUUCAGACACCGGAUGGACAGGCUUGUUUUAGGGAUCACAGGCUGGUGAGCCAAGCAGCACCGAACAGCCACAAGAGGAAGGCGAUAGCGCAGGAGGGAGGGAGGGAGCAGCCACUGGCUGAGCUGCCUCCUCCCAGACCCUUCCUCGGCCCUUCUGCCUCUGCCACCACUGAGGAAGGGCUCCUGGCAGAGAAGGCCAGACGGCGUGGAGCCAGCCUGAGCCAGCGUGGUGGGCAGACCCCUGUGCCCCCUCUGCCCGGCGCCAUCUGCUCUGUCAGCGGCUGUGGGCCGGACCAGAGGUCAUCCUUGGGGCAGGACAGACUCAUCGAGCUGUGCUUCCACUGUGGACUCUGGUUCCUCCCUGAGUCACAGUUGCCCUUGUGACAUCAUGGCUAUCUCCCUCUACUUCUCCACCCCUCCUGCCCCUGCCAGGGCAAGGGGAGCAGCAACGAGAGGGCGUGUGAACACCUGAACCACUGCCCCAAACAUGGGCUGUCUAUGUUGUUUGCAACUUGCAAAACUGCGUCAUGAAAAAAGGGUCCGGGCAGCUGGGAAGAUCCAGGCCUGGUGGCGUGGAAACCUGGUGCGUAGGAUCCUGCUGGUCGCUGCCCUCAGGGCCUGGAUGAUUCAGUGCUGGUGGAGGACGGUCAUGCAGCGGCAGCUAUAUGUGGCAUCAGAGACGGGACUUGAAAAACAUAACCAUCAGAAGGAAUCUGAAAUCCUUACAGCUGGCCUGCCGUCCUCCAUACUCACUUCCGCCCUUCGAGCUCUCUGCCUCCAGGGCUCAUCUCUUCUGCCCUGAGAUGAAUGAAAAACAGACUGGGACCUGCAGGAGGCAGCGGCUAGGCCGAGGCCGAGGGAAGACGGCGGACGGAGUGGACUGCAUAGACAUUUACGUGGAUGUGGGUGAAGUCAACCAGGAAGCUGAAUACGGGCAUGAUCAGACAGAUUUGUAUGAUAAUGUCAUAUCUCCAUCUGCAAAUAAUGGAGAUGCCCCAGAAGACUGGGACUACAUGGAUCCUCUCCCACCAACUGUUGGUGAUGAUGUGGGUAAAGGAGCGGCACCAAAUGUUGUCUAUACAUAUACUGGAAAGAGAAUUGCAUUAUAUAUUGGAAAUCUAACAUGGUGGACAAGAGAUGAAGAUUUAACUGAAGCAGUUCAUUCUUUGGGAGUAAAUGGUAUUUUGGAGAUAAAAUUUUUUGAAAAUCAAGCAAAUGGCCAGUCAAAAGGGUUUGCCCUUGUUGGUGUUGGAUCUGAAGCAUCUUCAAAAAACUUAAUGGAUCUUUUGCCUAAAAGAGAACUUCAUGGUCAGAAUCCUGUCAUGACUCCAUGCAAUAAACAGUUCCUGAGUCAAUUUGAAAUGCAAUCCAGGAAAACUACACAAUCAGGACAAAUGUCCAUGGAAGGUAAAGCUGGUCCUCCAGGAGGCAGUUCACACACAGCAUUUCCACAAGGUGGUAGAGGACAGGGCUGUUUUCCAGGGGCUGUUACUGGUGGGGACAGAUUUUUGGGGCCAGCAGGACCAGGAGGGCCACCCCCACCUUUUUCAGCUGGACAGACUCCACCACGUCCACCCUUAGGUCCUCCAGGCCCACCUGGUCCACUAGGUCCUCCCCCUCCUGGUCAGGUUCUGCCUCCUCCUCUAGCUGGGCCUCCUAAUCGAGGAGAUUGCCCUCCACCACCAGUUCUUUUUCCUGGACAACCUUUUGGGCAGCCUCCAUUGGGUCCGCUUCCUCCUGGCCCUCCGCCUCCAGUUCCAGGCUACGGCCCCCCUCCUGGUCUACCACCUCCACAACAGGGACCUCCACCUCCAGGCCCUUUUCCACCUCAUCCACCUGGUCCACUUGGGCCACCCCUUACACUUGCUCCUCCUCCGCAUCUUCCUGGACCACCUCCAGGUGCCUCACCACCAGCUCCACGUGUGAACCCGGCUUUCUUUCCUCCACCAACUAACACCAGCACACCAACAUCAGAUAGCCAAGGUCCACCACCAACAGAUCCAUAUGGCCGACCUCCACCAUAUGAUAGGGGUGACUGUAGCCCCCCUGGAAGGGAAACGGAUACUGCAAGAGCACCAUUGAAUGAAGCUGAGUUUGAGGAACUCAUGAAUAGAAAUAGGGCAAUCUCAAGCAGUGCAAUUUCAAGAGCUGUGUCUGAUGCCAGUGCUGGUGAUUAUGGGAGUGCUAGUGAAACAUUGGUAACUGCAAUUUCUUUAAUUAAACAAUCCAAAGUAUCUGCUGAUGAUCGUUGCAAAGUUCUUAUUAGCUCUUUGCAAGAUUGCCUUCAUGGAAUUGAGUCCAAGUCAUAUGGUUCUGGAUCAAGACGUGAUCUAUCAAGAGAGAGGGACCAUAGUAGAUCACGAGAAAAAAGUCGACAUCAUAAAUCCCGUAGUAGAGAUCGUCAUGACGAUUAUUAUAUAGAGAGAAGUAGAGAACGAGAGCGGCACCGGGAUCGUGACCGAGACUGUGACCGAGAGCGAGAGUAUUGUCGUCGUUAGUUGCUUAACUGUUUCAUUUGAAGGAAACCUGUGUGAUUUAAAGUUAUAGCUUUUGAAACUUUAUUAAUGGUUAUAUACAUUUGGCCAUUAUAAUGUGCAAGAAUUGGGGAAAAAAAAGUCAAGUAAAUGCUUGUUUUUAUAGUAGUUUGUUCUUGUUAAAAAUGUUCAUAUGAUAAUGUCUGUAAACAGCACCACUUUGAUUACAAUAGAUGUAGUGUUGUAAUAAACUGUUUAAUGGGGAAAAAAAAA